GAAUAUUCAUUCAAAAGGUCUAUACAAAAGUUUAUCAUGUACUGUAUUUAUGCUCUUACAUCUUCCUAAAGAUAGGGUCUCUCUUUAUCAAAUGAACCUUAGUCGGCCAACACAUCAGAAAAACCAGCCAGUAAACUGGGAGGACCCAGAGAUGUUAUUUGUCUUCUUUGCUGUGUGUCAGAUGAGGAAAGCUGGAAAACGGUGGGUCACGGCUGGCCUGUUUCUGUGUGAAGAAAACAAAAUUCACCAAGCAAUACUUAUCUCCGGCGUUAUAUUUACUGUACACACAUCAGCCCAGUCUUGGAUCUUCUCAAGUACUUCUGGACUAGAAAUAUUUAGUCAAAUAUAACACUUUAUAAGCUAUUCAUUCUGCAGCCUGAUCCUCAUACAAAGGUUACACUUCAUUACUAAAACACCUUUUUCUUUGACACCUAAAUACAAAAUGUUCACGACUUUGACGUUAAAUUAGAAUCUGAAGUGAAACUACACACAAAUCUAAUACCCCGUUCUUACCUGGUGUCAAGGUUCAUCCUCAGUGAUCCAGUCACAGAGGGACAGCUCUAAGUACAUGUCUCUAAUGUGUCCUCAGAAAGGGUUAGAGACACAUGUGGCCUCAUUCCCCAGCAUGCAUGAACACAAUCUGUCCUCAGCUGAUGUCCUCUGACCUGCUGCAGUUUUACCAGUGAACUGAAAGUUUAUGUACACUAAUGAGAACCCAUACGUCAGUGUCAUCAACACCGUUCAACAUGUUAUAUUUAUCCAUCCGUUCAUUUUCUACUGCUUUAUCCUCCACAGCAGGGUCGUGGGCGGGGGUGCUGUGCCAGUCUUGGCACAGCACCCCCCACGAUAGGCGGGGUCACAACCAUUCACUCUCACAUUCAAACCUGCGGUCAAUUUACCCAAUCCUCAUCGUGCAUGUUUUUGGACUGUGGGGGGAAGCUGGAGAACCCGGAGAAAACCCACGCACACCCGGGGAGAACAUGCAAACUCCAUGCAGAAAGACAGAACCUGGGUCUUCUUGCUGCAAAGGUUGGUGUCGACUGUGCACGCCCUGAUUGUGGGCUUGUUCUGUCUGUACAUCCUGUGGUUCGAUGACGCCGUCAACGCAAACCCCGUCUGGGGCGACCCCAGUCUUGUCAAACUAAACGUAGCCAUAACCUGUGGUUACCUCCUUUAUGACCUUGUGCUGCUAGCUUGUAACUGGAGCACUAUGGGAGACAGCUUCUUCGUCUGUCACCACUUGGCGGCGCUGUAUGCAUAUGGAUAUGUUUUGACUCGUGGCGUGCUUCCCUACUUUGCCAACUUCCGUCUCAUUUCAGAGCUGUCCACGCCAUUUGUGAACCAAAGGUGGUUCUUUCAGGCAUUAAAUUUCCCCCGCUCGCACCGCUUGGUGGUGAUAAACGGUGUCGCCAUGUCGGUGGUCUUCUUCCUGGUACGCAUUGCCGUGAUGCCGUCUUACUGGGUCAGUGUGUUCGCCACCUUUGGCACCGAAGCAUUUGAGCGGUUGGGUUUGGGCGCCCAGGUGGCCUGGAUCACCUCCUGCAUCGCUCUGGAUAUCUUGAACACUAUCUGGAUGUACAAGAUCACCCUCGGCUGCUACAAAGUGCUGACCGGCGCGGGAGGGCGGAAGGACAAGGGAGUAGCGCAGGCGUUGUCGUCUUCAGACGGAAAGUACAUCAACAACCACACGGACUAAAGAGAUGAGAUGUACAAGACGUGUAGACGGAGACAUAAGCAGGGAGGGAGGCUGGACACACAAGAACCUUUGAGCCUCUCUAUUUUGCUAUAGCCUCAGCAUCCUCUCUACCCUUGCUUCAAUCCCCCAGUUUUAGCCCCAGUCUCAUUGAAGUCGGCGACUGGGCCAGGCUAAGACUGCUCAGGUUCUGACUCCAACGCAGGACAAGGAGACUGCUCUUUGACUCACUUAAGCACCAGCCUUUGCAGCCUCAGUGUUUUCCUCCACUGACAGAUCAGUAUCCUGCUGGGUGAUAGCUUUUGGCCGCAGACGACAAGGUAGAGCUCACAAGCACACUUUUAACUCCCGUCUGUCAUUCGUCCGUUUCAACCACCAACCCACCACCACCAUUCCUCUCUCAUCUCCCCCUCAGUCUCCUGUCACACUCAACUUCAGCCAAAGCCCAAAUCCUCUGAAGUGCCUGUGAACGACAGGGAAGCAAUAAUAUCAGAGUAAAGUAAAGAUCGCAAAAUUUCCAAGUAGUUUAGCCCCUUCAGACGACGACAGCCCUCUCUCUCGCCUGCUGCUGCUGCUGCUCCCGCGCGACUGGAGGCCUCUUCUGUUUUUCGAUACCGCGCUCAAAGGAGACGUGGCGUGCAGGGAGAAGAACUCGGACAUCAGACCAAUCAAGUGUUUGUGAAUCUAUAGGGCUUUUGUCUUGAACUCAUCAGACCUCACAAAAAGAGACAGAAAAAACACCAUAAUGCCUCUUCAACAGUAUCACCUGCUGUGGCCUCCUUGUAACAAGUGGCGCCUGCCUAUAUCACCAGCCAUGCCCCUCCCAACGUCCUUUAUAAUUUGGAUUAUAUAUAUCAGAACAAACUGAGAUUAAAAUGCAUGCAGGAGAGAGAGAGAGAGAGAGAGAGAGAGACUCACAGGAGAAGUGAUACCUUGUCAGUAUUCAUCAUGUUUGGCAUCACUUUGCUGUACCUGGUUCUCUUAAUUCUCUUUAGUGGUCACAGUCACACAUGUCUGACUCUGAUAUUAUCAUCCAUCCAUUGCAACCCUCUGCCUCACUGGAUAGAUGUCUUCUAUCCAGCUCCAAUAUUUGAUUUUGUUCUACCUCUCCCCUGCCUUACAGACACUUUGUCAGUCCUUUCUUCAUGGUUUUAUUUUAAUUCUUUUUGUUUUCUUUGUACUCUACUGUACUUUAGCCUUUAAAAUGUAAUAUCACUGGUGCAGAGGGGGCUUCUCCUUCUCUGCUAACAUGUCUGUAGAGCUGAUCCCAGACUGCGCAGGGGAAGAGUGGCAUCACUUUUCUUACUAAAAAAGAAACACCCCGGGAGACUUUUAUACGUCCAUUUAUCUCCCAUGUUCUCAGCGACUCUGAGACAAAACGGGGGUGGAGAAACGUCUCACACACACACACACACACACACUGCAUGCAAACCAUACACUGUAAAUGGUGCCCUUCUAAAACACCAACGUGGUGCUCUUCCCUUUGCUGAAUGUUAGCAAUAUGACAUUUUUCAAAGUUUUUCUAUCUCUCACAUUCGUUUGGAUCUAACCGGUGUGUGUCGACAAUAUGCUGUUGAAACAAAGAGGCCGUUCUGCAUGUUCAGAUGUUUUAUUUUUGUUUUGUUAGAGCAGAAAUCAUGACUGUAAAGCAUGGUAAGAAUGACAUGUUUCUGUGAUGCCUCAGUUAAAUAGGUAAGGUAGAUGAAUGACAUCUAAAUAUGAAUUGCAUUAAUCUGAUGCUGAAAAGGGUUUGUCUUCCAAAAAACAGGUGACGCUUUUCCUCCUGGAGCGUCCCGAUGCAUGUGUUUUCUUUUCUUUCCUUUCUUUCCUCUCCCUGCAUGUCUGUACAGUAUAAACAGUGCACAUACAGUAAAUCUGCAGGUACUUUUGGGCAAACUGUAUGGCAAACUAACUCAUUCUUCAGUGUAACAGUUGGCAUUAAUCGGUCUUCACUUCAGUCAAUUGUCCCUCUCGCUCUGCAGUCUGCCGUUAGAGGACGGUGACGCUGGUGAUAUCACGACAGACAGAAACACACGAGGAUGUUUCACAUUCAGAUUCGGCCUUUUUCCACAUGUGCACGCUAUACAUUUUAUUUUUGAUUUCAAGUUUGGCCUCUGCUUAUUAUAUCUCGUUCAAGUUUAGCAAUGCCUCUCCUGUGAUGUCUGAUUUACAAUGUUGAUGUAACGAAACGUAUACAUUAUGGCUAAAGGUGAUAAUAUUAAUUUAAGAUUUCAUUCUAACUGUAGCACAAAUUUUAAAAACAAAACAAAAUUUUCUCCAAAAAAUCAAGAGAAUAAGGCCAGUGUGUGUGGGUUUUUUUUAAUCCACUGCACCUUAAAGAGUACACUUGAUACAUGGAGAACAACAGGUGGUGCUAAUUCAACAGUUUCAGAGGAUUCACUGGGAUCAUGUGACUGGAAACUCUCCCAGUCAAACCCAAAUCAGUUUAGAUAAUAAAAUGUAAUGGAGGUGUUGGUUUCUGUUUUCUUUUCUUUUACAUAAUAAUAACAAUAAUAAUAAUAAUUGAACAAAGGACACAGACUCCUUUGACCUCCUUUGACCUCGAGCCAAAAACGUGAGUGAUGCUUUUACGUGGGUCAAUAUUUAUUCUCUUAAUCUGUCUCCAAUCUCCAUUUUUAGACCUGAAAUAUUGUGAGAAAAUAUCUAUUACAAACUGGUGGACACUGUUCUUCAUCGCUCACCAAUGUGAAUUUCAUUUUCUAACCUCUACAUCUGACUUUCUUUGUUUUGUCACGUGAGGCAGUUUAUCAAACUUUGCACAGCUCCUGUUUCGGAGCCAAAAAGGCUUUAUUCAGUAAACGCUAGUACGCCCCCUAGUGCACCUGUGAACAAACCUUCAGGUGCGUUACCAGGUGGCGUUCCCAUCCAAGUCCUUGUGUCUGUAGUUGCAGAGUUAGUCUGACGUUGUCACUGUGGGAUUAUGAAGCACACUCCCUGUGGAGCAAUAACUCAGUGAUCUCCUGUAUUUCUGUCUGUCACCACAGAGGAGCGGCUACAGAAACUUGUGCCUUCACACAAACGGUGGAUGUAAUUCAGUCAGAUUUGGAUUAGCAUGAUCUUUCUAAUGUAAUAUUUAGUGAUUAUUUCCUUCUAUAUUCCAUAUGUAUACUCUUGUGUAUAUUUUUAUAAUCUGCCUGCACAAUGAUUAAUCCGGCCAAGUAUUAUAAUCCAAAGCUGAAUGCUCAUUGGGAGCCUGUUAAAUGUGGACUUGCUCGACGUGAACACAGGGACGUGUGUGUGAAUGUUUCGGUGGGUCAUUAAGUCACGUGACGAUGAGCUUGCGGUGUCCCAACAAUGGAAAUUGAAGUGUGUAUUUGGUUUUUUUUUCCUCUUUGAAGACGUACAAGACGAGUAGGUCACGGGGAGGCUCACUUCUCACUUCUCUGGCCUUGGAAACUCAAAACUGUGAAUAGCUGUAGAAUAAAAACUCUCUCGAUACUAAAACAGUUCGAGCGGAGCGAGGGAGAUUUUACCGAGACUGUCCGAGCAGUAAUGUUGAUGCACUUCUUGAAGCAGCAUGUGCUUUUUUGGGGGGGCGAUGUCUUUCACUUUAAAUUUGCAGUCUAGACGAACUGAGUGUGUUUUUUUUUUUUGUUUUUUUUACCCGACAGGAUUUUCUACACAACAUGAUUAUUUAAAACGUGCUGUAUCUCACUCCCUGGGGCUGAUUGGAAAAAUCGACAGGAUGGAUUAACGGUUGUCGAUGAGUUUGAUCUGGCUGCUGUUAAAAGGCCACAGUCUGUAUUCUGUAGCGAGUAUUGUUUCAGGUUAGAAAAACCCAAAUGCCUCUGUUUGUUUGGGAAGGCCGACGCUCAUUAUACUCGAGAAUAAAUAUAUAUAAAUUUAUAUAUACAUAUAUGUAUCACAAAGAUAAACACCGAGUGCAUUUCCUGGUGCAUUAUAUUAUCAAGCUGCGUUAAAUCUGGUUCUUAACACGAAGCAUUGAGCCGAUUGUGUCAAGGUUACACAUGGUACCUAACUAUUACUUUUUGUUGUUGAAUCUUAAAUUUAAAAUUGGAUCCUAAUUGUACAAUGAAAUAUAACUCUGCGAGUAACAAGGAUGAUGAUGAUGAUUAUGAUUAUGAAUGACUGGAAAACUUUCAAUCAAAUGUCUUGCCCCAGUUUCCUUCAUUUUCUUCUUCUAUUGAAUGACCUGCCAGUGUGGAUUAUGUUCCUUCCUCUCCGUAUCCCUUUUUGUUUUGUUUUUUUUAAUUGUUUUCCUGUUAAUGCAAUGCAAUUUGUUGUUGUGAUCUGUUUGUUUUUCUUCUCUGAAGAUUUAAUGUGAAACAGUCUACACUACACACUGGCCUUAGGGUCCUUGUUCUGAGCAUUAUUACCUUGUGACUCUACAAUCACCACUACUAAUGAUCAUGUAAUUGUAGAUCUGAGAGCUGAGACUUACUUGAAAGUGUUCUUCAAUAAAGUUGAAGACGAGAGAAAAGGAAAGAAAAUGGA